AUGCAACAGCUCACCAAGCGCAGAUGGUUGAUGCUGCUCAAAGGCGAGCUCUACAAUGCCCCCAUCGGGGACUCACCGCAGAACAUCCUUGACCUGGGGACAGGCACAGGGAUCUGGGCCUUAGAUAUUGCCGAGAAAUUCCCCGGUGCUCAUGUCAUCGGGAACGACAUCAGUCCCAUCCAGCCUACCUGGGUAGCUCCAAAUAUCGAGUUUAUUGUGGAAGAUUUCGAAAGCGAAUGGACCUACGAUACCAACCACUUCGACUUUAUCCACGCACGAUGCUUAGCAGGGUAUGCGCCUCCACCCCGACUCUGUUUCAAUGAAAGGACUUCCCUAACGCGAAGCAGAUGCGUGGCCGACUGGCCCGGAUUUAUGCGCCGCAUCUUCGACCACGUCAAACCAGGUGGCUACUUUGAAAUCCACGAGAGCGCCGUCUGGGCGCGCAGCGACGACGACUCGCUCAAACCCGACUCCGCGCUCAUGGAGUGGCAGAAAGCCCUGAACCGCGCCGGCGAGAUGAGCGGCCGCGAGCUGAACAUCUACCGCAAGCUGGAGGGCUGGAUGAUGGACGCGGGCUUCGAGGACGUCACGGUGAAAGUCUACACGCUGCCGUUCUCCCCCUGGCCGCGAGACCCCUAUCUGAAAGCCAUCGGCAGGUACCAGGCUGUGCAGUUGCAGCAGGCUAUCGACUCAUACUCACUACGGCUGUACACGCAGGUGUUGGGCUGGGGGGCGGAUGCGGCCAAGAUCCAUAAUGCGGUGGUCAAGCGCGAGCUGCGGGAGAAGAAGUUGCAUGCCUAUGUUCCGACGUACAGUCUUCCCACCCCUUUUUGCCUGGGCCAUGGGUGUGUUUAUACUAAUUGUGAGCAGAGUUGCUGUCUAUGGGAGAAAGCCACUUCGAGCGAGAUAGUUAGUCGAUGGAGGGCUUAA